CGUCUACAUCACUUGAGCUCCCUAUUACUACUUACAACCCCUAAUCGCUACCAUCGCCAUUACACCCAAGGAAGUACCCCGGCACAGCCACCAAGUAUAUAACCACGCUCAAGAACGAGAUGCAACCCGGAGGUGGACGAUAGUGGCAGAGGGUUCGACGGUAAUGACGACGACGACGACUACCCACAGGAUCCUGAAUGGAAUACAAGGGCUUCAAAAGGUCUUUGUCUUGGGAUGCCAUACAUAGUCUCUAUCGCAUGCCAACCCUUCUGCAGCAAGGCUGCGCUCGUGCUCUGCAACUUUACGACGGGCUCAUGUCUCUCCCUCCCGUGCAUGAAUUGCGACUAUUUGCCAAUUUAUUCGAUAUUAACUGAGUGGUCACGGCAUUGCCGCCGAAGCGGGGUCACUGAUAGGGCGUCGUGCCUCCAUUACAAUGUCCAGCCCCUGGGAAAUACACGUGGACUGUAGCACGCCGUUUUUUGUUCGCCCGAGCAUCUCUACCACUCCAGUUCUUCGACUAAUCACACGAUGGAGGUCCUAGGGGCUAUCCUCGGAGUCUCAACCAUUGUUAUCCGCACCUCAUCCACGAUUUACUCCCUCGUCGACACCUGGCGCGAGGCACCCGAAGGCCUCCACCGCUUGCUUGAUGACCUCCGGCGUUCACAGCAAUUUUUUGAGGAGACAGAAGCGGGGCUGAGGGAGAUGUAUCUUGGGUUAUCAGAGGAGGCUCUCAAGUCGGCAUCGUUUGCGUCUGUUACUGAGGCGCUGGUCGGGCUCUUUGAAGACGCGACUGUGGUUAUUGGGAGGAUUGAGAAGGUGAUUGAGAAUAUUAUCGAUGGAAACGGGCUGGAGAGCGGGGAGCGGAAGCCGGAAGAUCUAGGGAAGAGGAGGAAGUUGGCCUGGUUGAGACAAAGUACCACGGUAGCUGGUUUGAGAAAGAGCUUGAAGAGCGCUACGGUAGCGAUCUAUCGAUUGUUGGUUGUGCAGAAUAUCCGGGUGUCUCUUGGUAUCGGCGCGGCGGUUGAACGGUCGACAGCUGAGCUCAAGUCCCACAUUUCCCAUGCUUUGGCGAGCGAGAUAAUGCCAGAGGUGGUCUCCAAGGUCGAAGAACUGAGAACCAAUAUGCUGUCCGAAGUGAGAGAUCCAAUUCUUCGACAGAUGGCGAGAUUGGAGGAUUGUCUUGCCAGCCUGCGACAGUCGAACGAUCGCGCUAUGGAAAAUGAAGGUAUCGAAGCACGAAACACAUAUCCGCAGGCCUCAUGUAACCGCCACCGUCAACGUCGUCGUCGCUGCGAUUUCCAUUGUCCCUGUCGAUGUCACGUAAUAGCGAACUAUUCGCUACAGUACAACACCUGGAAGUUGUCAUUAUUCGGCCUGGUGGUUAGAGUGUCUGGUGGCUCUAUCGGCGGAGAAUGCACGUCUCAGGCUUGUGUCAACACAAACUUGCCCCGGGCUAAAGAGGUCAUGCUACACUACAACUGCCCGAACUGGCUAUACCGAGGAGGCAUAUCAGCCUUCUUUUCAAGCAAUAUGCAUGGCACACCCGAGUUAAACAUCCGCAUGUUCAACCGUCUGGAAACUGGAACACCGGGCACGGCCACAAACAUCUUUGGUUGCAUUGAAAGAGGGAAUGUCGAAGGGGUCAGACAAUUACUUCAAGACAAGCGUGCAUCUGUAUACGACGUUCGAGGCAGUACCGACGAGACCCCAUUGCUCGCAGCCCUUUAUAGGGUCAACAUCCCCAUGAUUCGACUUCUAUUACAAGCAGGGGCUGACCCAUUCGCUGAGGCUGACAGGGACCCCAAGGUCUUAUACGAAGCGAUUCAGAUACACCUGUCCGGCAGACCUGGGUCCCACGAGCUCAUAGAGUUGAUACCCGCCUUCGAAAGUAUUCAGUUAUCUCCUUUACACCUUAUUGUCAGCGGAGUGCUACAUGCGAAUCUUGAAGAAGCUCUCGGCAAGCCGGAGUACCUCUCUUACUUGAACCAUGUUGAUCCGGAGAGCACAUGGAGCCCACUUGAUAUGGCAGCAUUUAAGGGAGACACAGAAGCCGUCUCGAAACUCCUGAGGGCGGGCGCGUCGGUAUCGUUGAAAAAGGAACACGGGACGCCACCCCUAUUUCAAGCAUGUUGGUUCAGCCACUACGAGGUAGCCAAACUGCUCGUUGAGGCCGGUGCAGAUGUGAAUGCGGUCAUUGAUGAUCGCGGCACAACACCAAUCAUUUGUGCUGUAAACGCAAUAGGGCAUGCCGUUGACGGUAGGAUUGUGUCAUUGCUCAGGCAACAUGGCGCCGAUGUCAAUUGCGAGACAUGGAGAGGCGCGACACCUCUCUGUUUUGCCGCUUCGCGAACGAGCCCAAAUGCAGUAACUUUACUCGUCGAGCAUGGUGCUAAUGUCAAUCAUGUUGACAAGGAUGGUGACACACCCCUCAUCUAUGCUGUCUUCUACUCGCGGCACGAAAACGUCAGAAUUCUACUUGAGCGCGGUAGUGAUUAUCGCUAUAAAAACCGAGACGGGAAGAGUAUUCUUCACUACUUGGCGGCAGUUGCCGAUGUCGAGAUGCUCAAAAUCUUUACAGACGCCAAGAUGCGGGGGCUUGCUGAUGAUCUGGACGGCGGUCAGAAGAUGAAGACGCCCAUCGAAAUCUUCAACCAGCGAGAGUCGACAGCGGAGCUUCGUCAGGCGUUUAAUGAGCUGCUGGAAAGUAUCAGCAAAGACGAUGAAGAAGAAUCUGAGGGAAGUGAUGAGUUUUGUGAUGCUGUUGAAGAGCUAUAGCAACGUGGUUAUUGUUGACAUUGUGCAACGAUUCCAGGGGCUGGUAACAAGGGGCAACCAACAUUUGUGCACAGCUUAUU